AUGGCCUCUUCUGAUGUUACCGUGGAUGAGCUCACAUGGUUUCAUGGCAUUGAUAGAAAGAUAUUCACUAUUUUAGUGAUCAACCUUAGACGUGACAUUGCUGAAUCUAUAAGGGUAGUUGGCCUAUGGUUAUGGCUAGAAGCGAUGGGGUACCCUAAUAUUAUCCUCUCAUUGCUCUCAAGCACCGAACCCUUCAUCGAGUUGGUGGUAAAUGAAGCUAUCCUAUGCUUGAAUACCAUUGACAAUAAGGAGUACUCUCCGUCUAGUACUGAGAUCCCUUACAUGAAGAAGCUUAUGAACAGAGACAUUUCUCUCUUAUUCAUUCAUGGCCAAAGGGUCUCUGCAAUUACUAAAAUUUUACAGUUUGUCUCUGACAUUGCACCCAAAAUAUUUGAUGAUAUUCUGAAGAAAGCAGUAAGGCAUCAGUCUAGAGUAAUGGGUUCUGAUGGUUCGGAUCAAUCCAGUGAUAGUCAUCCUGAUGUGAGGACCAUAUUUAUAACUUUCGCUAGGGGAUACCCUAUUUCAGAAAGUGAACUUAAGGACUUCUUCAACAUGAAUUACGGAGAAUGUGUAGAGAGCAUCUAUAUGCAGCCAGUAGUACCUCAUUCAGAAGCCAAAGCAGCAGUGGUGUCGGCCAUGGUUUCUGAAUUGGAGCAUUGGAAGGAUGUUGAUGUUGAAUUCUUCGAAAGCAGAAAAGCCUUUGGAUCAAAAGCUGCAAAGAGAGAUUCGAGAGUCUGA